AUGUCGACCCGAGCGAAAUACGCCUUUCAGGCAUGUCAGGAAUGCCGCCGACGUCGGGCCAAGUGCGAUGGAGAACGACCCUCAUGCGCGCGAUGUGUUAGUCGCUCCGUCGAAUGCAGGUACACCGUCGGGGCCAAUCACCGGGGAACUGCCCCCAAGUCUCUUGUUGCUCUUCUCCAGAGUCGAAUCAAGCUCCUGGAACAGGUGUUGUUAUUGCACUCAAUUGACUUGGAUGCUUCUGUUGCCCAAUUGAGAGCCCGAGGAACAACGUCUUUCGUUGCAGAUGAGAUAGCCACGGAGUGUGACGGCUCGUUGAAUUUCGGCGGCGAUGGGGAGGCACGAUACUUUGGAGCCAGUAGCGGGCGAUUGGAGCUUCAAUCCAGCGGAACAACGGAUGCUGGACCCAUCUCGUCGGAUGCUGCAGCCCGACAUCUCUCUGCUCUCUAUCACCAAGCAAGGGACCAAGAAACCGAGAUACCCGUGGAGCUGAUGAAUCACCUGGUCGAUCUAUAUUUCGAAUGGGAGCAACCAUGGUUCCAGGUUGUGGAUGAGGCAUUGUUUCGCCAGAGCUGGCAAACCGGCGGAAGGUAUUGCAGUCCACUGCUUCUGAACUGCAUUUUUGCCAUCGGGUCUCGAUAUUCGGACCGAGAAGAGGUGCGAUCCUGUCCUGAAGACCCAAAUACAGCCGGUCAAUUGUACUUGGAGGUCGCCGAGGUGCUGCUACAUUUUGACCUCAAGUCACCCAGCAUCACCACCAUUCAGUCACUGGCCAUCAUGGCCAUGUGUUAUGUAGCAACCGGGUUUGAUGCCAAGGGUUGGCUCCGCCACGGCAUGGCCAUUCGUUUGGCACUCGAUAUGGGAUUGAAUCUCGACCAUUCCAACCUAGUCCGUUCACCUCAACUUCCAGCGGAGGAGGUGAACCUUCGCCGUCAGAUCUAUUGGGCUCUUUACUGCACCGACAAACUCUGGGCAAGUUAUACCGGUCGAGUCUGCACCAUGCUCGACUUUCAAACACUGGUCAGCCUUCCAUCGACAUUUUCAUCAGUAACUAUUCGAGAUUCACCCCGCCGGACCUCGUUGGGAGCCCUACACUAUGCCCUCUGUACCCAAUGUCAAAUUUUGGAAAAGAUCCUAGUGAAUUUGUGGAGACUACCGCCAGGGAUCCGAAGACAAGCAUUCUUCGAAUCCUGCCUCCUCGAGCUCAAAACCUGGAAGUAUGACCUCCCAGUGGGCCUGACUGCCAACGAUCUGCAAAAGGGAGACAGCCUUGCUCAUAUCUACAUCCUCCACAUGGUCUAUCACACGUCGAUCAUCCUCCUAGCUAAACCAUUCCUAUCUCCAACAUCGAACCCUCCACACCGCGCCGGGGACCCAUCUCUGAUCAUACAGAUAAAUUUAUGCAUGGAAGCCGCACGCGACAUCUGCCUCCUUGGCAACAAGUACCGCGAAAUCUUUGGCAGCUUUCGUCGAAGCCCUGUUACAGCGACUCAUUGCACUUUGUCCGCGGCACUUGUGCUAUUACAGGUGCGGGAUGGUGGAAAGAAGUCCUAUGGUCCUAGUUUACAGCUAGUCGAGUCUUGCAUUCUGACCUUGAAAGAGCUAUCCGAUUCAUGGAUGCCAGCUCAGAAUUAUUGUCGUGGAUUACAGCGUAUCCUUAAAAGGACACAUUACACCGGAUCUGCUGUAAAUGAGGGGGCAGUUAGCCAUGAAGAUGAAUGUCAUGACAACAGUGAGCUUGAAAGUCAGGACAUCGAUCAAAACCAGCCCUUCAUAGGAUCAGAUCUUGAGGAUAUGGAUUUUGUCAAUUGGAUGGAACGGUUUUUGUCAUCGGUUGAGAUGGGAAAUCCUGGUAACUGGUUCCCAUCGACUGAGCAUGCGAUGGAGUAUCAUAUGGAUCAUGAUUAA